AUGUAUAUACUUGAUGAGGCUGACGAGGAUGACGAGUACAAAGAUGGAGAUGAGGAGGGAGAUGAGGAUGAGGAUGGGGAUGGAACAUCUGUGUGCCAAUACCUCUUCUCUCCCUUGUUAUCUCCUUAUGGCCCUGGUAUCUCUGGCCCUCUAUGGUGGUUUUUCCUCCUCCCUGGUCCUCCAUGGCUCCUCCCUGGCCCCUCCUUGGUCCUCUCUGGUUUCUCCCUGGCCCUCCUCCUUCCUGGUCCCUCCUUGGUCCUUCCUGGUCCCUUCCUGGUUCUUCUCCUCCCUGGUCCUCCAUGACUCCUCCUUGGCCUUCUCUUGUAGUAUCUCUCUUCUUCCUUGAGUCAGGUAGGUG